CCUAAUUCGUACGCAAUGAAAAGUCGUUAGAAAAAUCAAAUUGAGCAAUACUAAGCAAAACUGAGCAUUAAAAAAAGGUGCACAGCUCGAAACAUUAACAAAAAGUAUAAUUAAAUCAAAAUGAUGAAGAAACAUGCUGAAAACAUAGAUCAUUUGCAUGCCCAACUGCAAAAUCAAGCAAAAUAUGAUGAAGUCUUGCAAAUUGCUAGGAAAAUAUUCUACAUGAACGUUACAGCAGAAUCAUCCACACCAGAAUUUGAGCUGAUGGCUAGCUCAGUGGUUAAGAUAUUACAAAAACAUUUUGUUAAUACCAAGACAAUGUCAUUUCAUAAAGUGCUAAUAAAUGCAAUCGUCAAAUUGUCAGUCAUCGCUAACAUUAAUGGAUUUGAGAAUAUACAAGAGAGCUAUGCGCUGGAACAUGGUAUUAUUGGGGCAAAUUGUCUUUCUGCAUAUGGAAGGCUGCAAAAUCAUAAGCUAUUUUUGGAUCAUAUUUAUAGCUCGGAAGUUCUAUAUGAUACCUUAAUUCAAUGCUCAUUAAAGUAUUCCAAAACAACAAAGUUCUUCUCAAUGGCAAUUGAAAACUACAUCCAAGCAUACGACAUCAAAAUAGUUAAAAGCUAUGAUCCAUUCAUUAUUGCAAUGAUUUGUACAAAUUUAGAAAACUGUCAUAAAAAUGUUCAUAAACUUUUAAUAGAACUAUUUCAACGGAUUGUCAUUAACGAAAGAAAGGCUGAUAAGGAUAUCGUAGAUUUAGUUUUAAACAAGAUGUCAUGGCACAACCGAAGCAAACACUACCUUUUGAUACAAGUUCUAAUACACAAAUCGGAUAUGUUGUUGAACUACAAAGACUUUGAUACCAAGAAAUUCAUGAACGGUUUGAGAAUUGGACUUUCACAGUACCACUUGUAUUCUUCAUCAUUAUCUGUGAUUAAAGUCAUUGCCCACAUCCAAACAUUUCGUGAACAAUUAAUUGAAAUAUCUACAGAUAUUAUUCUCAAAGGCUCGAACUAUGAAGCAACUAAUUAUUUUAGAUAUUGGUUUACCUGCUUUGAUGACAAUCUUAAAAAUGAUCUAUUUUAUGCACUAACAAACAGCUAUGAUUUUAAUGCAGUAUCAUCAGUCUCACCAUUCUUCUACCGAUCAUUAAUAAUAACAAAUGCAUUCAAUCGUUCAAUAAGUUUGAAAAUUGAAAAUUCACUAAGAAGCUAUAGCUACUCCAUUGAUGAUGUCAAUAUUAAAUUAGAAAUUUUCAAUAUUUUACUUAAUAGUGUAUAUAGCUCAAAGAUGUUUGAAACUGCUAUUGAAAACACACUGAGAUUUCUUAAAUUUAUUCAUUUUAACAUGUGCGUUCAGGAUUCACUGUAUAUAGAUAGCGUGAUGAGAAAGCUUCCAAACUUUUUCAAUCAUCUUGCCACAACUAGAUUUCGCUCGAUUGAGGUUUGUAAGGAAAUUUUUACAAUCAUUCGAGAUGAUAUAUUCAAUCAUGGAAUACAAUUUGGCACUUACGAAUCUAAAGUUUUUAGUUUAAAAAUGUUGGAAGUGAUACUUAAGCAAUAUUGUGGAAGCAUCAAGCAAAAACGUUUAAGUAAAAAGUCUAAUAUAAAUAAUAAUAAUCAUCAGGAAUUUAAAAACCACCUCAAAGACAAUAACAUUUGGGACAUAACAUCAGUAGAAGUCUUCAAACAUCUCGUGGAAAUGUCCAGAGAUACUGAAAAUAGUGACAUAUGUAGAAUCGCUAAUGAAAUAAUCUUAGAAUAUUUUAUCAAGACAUUAACAAUAAGUGAAAAUACAAUUAUAAAUGGAAAAUCUUUCUUGAUAUGGAUUGACGCAUUGAUGACUGAAAAUCUCAAUAUAAGGGAUAUUGAGUCUUAUCAUGAAAACAUUAGUUACUGUAAGAUGAAAAUUGAACACUUGAUAGCAAAAAACUCAUUGGAUAUAGUUUACGAGCUAGAAAAUUUAACGAGUGAUUUAGAAACCAGAAGUAAAAAGUUGAAGCUAACAAAUGAUCCAAUCAAUGCCAUACAAAAGGGUGAAAGUGUUUUUGCUUUAAUUGAUACAAUAAAUUAUCUCCUUUCCAAGAUUGAUAAAAAGUUAUUGGCAAAAGGAAUCAUCUCAAAACUAUUAUCAAUUGCUGAAGGACUUACUUUUCAGUUUUUAGAUUUUAUCAGUGAUGAUAAAAUUCCGCCAAGUUUCGAUUUGCUGCAUAAACAUUUGCAUAAACUAGUGGUAUCAUCAGAAUUUAAAAGUGACGACAUAUCAGAUACAAAGCAGAGACUCUUACUUUCGUUCUUCUUUACAGCUCGUUCGCUGUCAGAGUUCUCAGUUGCAUUAGCAAAAGUAACAAGUUGUAUCUAUCAACCUCAUGAAGAGGAUUAUUUUAUGAGAUUUUCAACAUGUGUUAAUAUUAACAUACAAAUUCUUACAAGAUUUUGUCAUAAAGGUGUUAUUGAAGCUUCAAGUCAAUCAUUAGGAGUCAUUACCAAAAUUGUGUCUUCAGAAUUUAUUCAGCAAUGUGAUCGAAGCAGCAAUUCUGCUAAAAACUUACAAAAACUCUUGAUAAUGCUUAAGCGUGAACUUGAUUGUGGAAAAAGACACGCAUCAAAAACAGGAGAAAUAAGAGGAUCACGAGGAAUGGUUUUGAUGUCUCAUUUAAUCGUUCGAAAUCAUCCGCCAUUUAUUAAGUUUCUAAUGGAACGACUUUUAAAGUUGAAAGAAAUUAAAUCGUUUAAUGAUACACAAGAAAUCAAAUUUGCUCACGACAUUAAACCUAUACAUGUACAUCUGCUAGCUAUUAUCGUAAAAGAUAGUGAACUGGUUGAAGAUAUGCUACCUUACUAUGACUACAUAUUAAUAGCAACAUUUAGAGCAUACAAGGAAUCAAAUGAUUUUGUGAUGCAAAAUGCAUUACUGCAGAUUAUUGGAAGUAUUACACCCAAAAUUUCUAAUCAUAAAAGACAUAACAUUGAAGAGUCUGACAAGCCACGAUAUGAAUCAAAAGCAAUAAGUGUUUAUGAACAUUAUGUUAAAUUUACGUAUGCUUUUAGAAUUGCAUUAUUUGAUCUUGAAAAUAAUCAUAAUGAUUUGUCCCAAACUUAUAUCAUUAUUUUAUUGGAAAUCCUCUCAAAUUUUGAAAUACGAGAACCUUAUGAAUAUUGGUCUGAAAUGGAUAGAAUGGGCGAUGCUUUUAAAAAGCUAAUCUAUCAUCCAUGUGAGAAGAUAAGAGUCUUAGCUGCAAAAUGUUAUGCACAAUGGCAUUUACCACACCAAAUGUUAAAAGUACUCAAGGACAAGAUUCGUUACAUUUUUCGAGAGGAUCCAAAUUUGUCGCAUGGAAGUAUUGUUACUGUUCGCUACAUGAUUCAAAGAUAUGAAGCAUCAAUUCAAUUUGUUCGAGAUUUUAACAAAGAAGAAUUUUUAAUGAAGAUGCGGAAAAAAGUUUCUGAAAGCUUUCAACAAAGUUACUCUGUCGUUCCAAAAAACUUCUAUUUGCGAUGCUAUUUAUUCGACUUUUUGAUGUUUAUCGGAUUCAAAUUUAGCGAUGGUCUUGUUCAGGAAUUGAUGAACGAAGAAAAUGUUACUUCAAAAAUUGGAUACCAUUUAUGGCGAAAAAAAAUUCAGGAACACACAUUAAACGAGGACCUAGAAGUCUUUUGGCUGUCAUGGCUCCUUCCUCUAAAUUCCAGAUACGAAAAUGCUGUCUCUCCAUCCAUUCUCGUAUGUCUAACUUCAACAAGCCAAACCCAUAGUACGUCGACUUGUCAUAAGCUUCCUUGUGUACCGCUUCUUUAGCUAAUUGAUCAGCUGUUUCAUUACCUUCAAUACCACUGUGUCCAGGUAUCCAUUUUAGGAUGACUUCAUUAUCUUGCCCCAAUGCUGUUAAACAAGAAAUACAAUCAAGAACUGUUAAAGACUUCACAACACAAUUCUUUAAAGCCGUCAAAGCUGAUCGACAAUCUGAAAGAAAGCAAAUUCUACAGCCUUUCAAAUCAAUAUCCAAACAGUAAUUAGCACCCUCACAAAUAGCUUGAACUUCUGCCUGAAAGACAGAAGCAUGAUCCUGCAGUUUAUAGGAUGAAUUCAAACUCAGCUCAUUGCUGAACAGACCGAUGCCAACACCACUUUCUGACUUUGAUGCAUCAGUGUAUACAUACAUACAAUUACUAUCCACCAAAUCACAAGAUUCAG